CUCUGUGCGUGUGAAAAAAGGGAAGAAAAGAGGGUCGCUUAUAGCGGAGUGCUGCUGGGUUGGAAGAAGGGUACGAGGUACUUUUUUAAAAUUAUUAUUGUAGGUACACUUUGCCCGUUUCCACCUCCUUAUCCUGGCGAAAGGUUGAACGGUUAAAAUGGAGGCGGAUAGAUCCGGCGGAGGACCAAACCCGAACUCCGGAGGCAGCAGCGGAGCGGGGCGCAACCCAAACGGGCCCAAAGCAGCACCCGGCCAGGCGACAUCAGCUGCGGCGGCCGGAGUGAUGGCAGCAGCAGCAGCAGCGGCAGCAGCAGCCGGGGCCAUGCCCGGAUCGUCGCAGGCUCGGGAGCUACAAGACGGGGACUCGGGCAUGACGCUUCCUGGGAUCCUUCACUUCAUCCAGUACGAGUGGGGACGCUUCCAGGCCGAGAAAUACCGCUGGGAGGCUGAGAGAGACGAACUCAGGGCUCAGGUGGCGUUCCUACAGGGUGAGAGGAAAGGGCAGGAGAAUAUGAAACAGGACCUGGUGAGGCGGAUCAAAAUGCUGGAGUACGCCCUCAAACAAGAGAGGGCUAAGCACCAGAAGCUUAAGACAGGAAACGACCAGAGUCCAGGAGACAAGAAACCAGAGACGGAGGCAGACCAACUUCCCAAUGGGCCGGCUGAGUCUGACUCUGAGCCAGCCAAUCAGAUGUCCUGGAAGGAGGGACGUCAGCUACUACGCAAAUAUCUUGAGGAAGUGGGUUAUUCAGACACCAUCCUGGACAUGCGGUCUAAGCGUGUGCGCUCGCUGCUGGGGCGGAGCAGCCCCGAGGCGAACGGGCCUGCACCCAUCGAAACCUGUUCAGAGCCUGAGCCCCGGGCAAGUGGAGAGUCGUUGUUGGUCAGACAGAUAGAGGAACAAAUAAAGAGGAAUGCGGGCAAGGAAAGCUCAAAGGAACGUCUGGGCGGCUCGGUGCUCGAUAAGAUCCCCUUCCUGCAUGGCUGCGAGGAUGAUGAUGAAGAGGACAGUGACGAGGAAGAUGACUUCCAAGGCAUGGCCACUGACUGCAUCGAUGGACCGCGCAAGAACAAGAAGUCCCGUGUAAAGAUGGGUUCGGAGCCCAUGACCACGGACCUGGACCCGGAGGACGAGGAGGACGAAGACGACUCGGAAGAUGCCCUCAGUGAAUUUGACUUCCUGGGCUCGGGGGAGGAUGGGGAGGGGGCGGGAGAGGCCCGGAUCUCGGGGGACGGCCGGGAGUUAGAGAACCGCAGGAACAAGUUACAAGACAUGAUGUCGGACUUCCCCCCUAAACCCACCCCGCCCCCCUCUGUAUCGGGACAGGCUCGCUCCGGGGAAGGUGGACCUCUGGGUUUUUCCUCUGACGUGUUCAUUAUGGAUGCCGUUGGAGGAGGGGACAUGAACCUGGGUGAACUGGCCGAUCUCACCGUAGCCAAUGACAACGAUCUUUCCAUGGAUAUGCAGGACAAUAGAGAGGAGUUUAAGAAGACAUGGAACCCUCGUUUCACACUACGCAGCCACUUUGAUGCCAUCCGCGCGUUGACCUUUCACCCCAGCCAAGCGGUGCUGCUCACAGCCUCUGAGGAUGGAACACUAAAGCUGUGGAACCUCAACAAGGCCAUGCACUCUAAAAAGAACGCAGCGUUGGAUGUUGAGCCCAUCUACACAUUUAGAGCACACAGUGGAGCUGCUCUGUCGCUGACCAUGAGCGAGGACGGUGAAUCCUGCUACAGCGGGGGUCUAGAUGGAGCUGUCAGAUGUUGGAAGAUGCCGGAUCUCAAUGUGGAUCCGUAUGAUAACUAUGAUCCUGGCAUUGAGAGCAGUGUACUAGUCGGCCACGAGGACAGCGUGUGGGGUCUAACUCACUCAGCAGUUCACCAUCGUCUUGCCUCCUGCUCAGCCGAUGGCACCAUUCGCAUCUGGGACCCUCUGAACUCGGCUCCCUGCCUGUCUGUCUUCAACAAGGAGAGAGAGCACGGAACACCCACGUCAGUAGCGUUUGUGGUCACUGACCCCAACCAGGUGGUGGCGUCUUUUGACGGCGGUGAGACGCUGGUCUACGACCUCAACACAGAGCAGAGCAUCAUUUCGCUAGAGACACAGACCAAGGAUGGCAGUGAGCUGAUCAACCGCGUGGUCAGUCACCCGUCCGAACCAGUCUCCAUCACUGCACAUGAGAACCGCACCAUCCGCUUCCUAGACAACAAGACAGGCAAAGUUGUCCACUCAAUGGUGGCUCACCUGGAUGCGGUCACCUGUCUCACUACAGACCCUAAUGGCACUUACCUCAUCUCUGGCAGCCACGACUGCUCGGUGCGACUGUGGAUGCUGGACAACAGGACGUGCGUACAGGAGAUCACGGCUCACAGGAAGAAGCAUGACGAGGCCAUCCAUGACGUGGCCUUCCACUCUUCACAGCCCUUCAUUGCCAGCGCCGGCGCAGAUGCACUUGCCAAGAUCUUUGUCUGACAGCACUGUCGGCAUUCUGAGUCCUACAAACACAACUGGGCUAAAAGAGACGGAAGACUACAGUGGACACAGACACACACACACACACACGUCCUGCACCCCACUGGCUGGGUCAUCGCCACAGGACGUCACCUCCCCUCACUAUUCUCUUGAUGCCUCAGUGACUUCUUGUAAUACUAAUCACACUGCUUUUUUUAUCAAAUCCCGGCUGCUCCGUUUUUCGAAUAAUCAUGUUUGGUAUAACACUUUUCUACACUACAAUAUUCUGUUCUGCUUUUUAUUUUUUUCAUUCUACCAACACUUACUACAAACCACUGUGCGUGCCUGCGUGCGAGUGUGUGCUUGUACUGCUGAGACACUACUCGCAUUUCAGAGAAACCACCAAGGAGAUGCGCUCUCACUACACGGCGCACACGAUGCACAAAUGAACCCCCACAUGUCAGGUCUUUUUUAUUUUAAUUUUUUUUAACAAAUUGCUUGUGGCUAACAUACAUAUGUAGGCAUGACUAAUAACAGUUAUCUUUCCCAGUGUCGGCAGAAAACACCUGCCCAACCUCUUUAUUGGGAAUCAAUGCAUUACAUUCCAAAGACUCCAGGUAGAGUGUGUGUGUGUGUUUGUGUGCGUGUGUGCGUGUGUGUGGUGGCGGCGGCGGCGGCGGCGUAAUCGGGGUUGGAGAAUGUUAACCCUAGCUGUAUGAUGUGAGGAACAAUUAGACUGUUGCUAACCAGUGUUGAACAAAUAGCUUUAAUUUCAACUUUACGGCCAAGUCUCAUUGUAUGUCCAAGUAUUAUAGUGCCCCCAUGAUUCUGCCUGUGUGUGUGUGUGUGUGUGUGUGUGUGUGUGUGUGUGUGUGUGUGUGUGUGUGUGUGUGUGUGUGUGUG